AUGGAAGCUCCAACACCCCAGCAGAUUGCCUUCAUCGGCCUAGGGAACAUGGGCCGAGGCAUGUGUCGGAAUUUGGUCCGUAAGCAUCUCUGGGCAUGCAAGCAGUCCAUUGGGAUUCCAUUGAUCAUCUACAAUCGAACACGCUCCCGAGCUGACGCUCUCAAAGCUGAGCUGCCUGAUGGCAGUGUUCGAGUCGCCGACUCCAUUCAGGAAGCCGUGACUUUCUCCGACGUGAUAAUUACUUGCCUGAGCGACGAUGGUGCUGUCCAGAAGGUCUUCGAUGAAGCGCUGUCAGUUCAAACCGCUGGGAAGCUCUUUGUGGAGUGCUCGACUAUUCAUCCCCUGAAGACAGAGGCUCUGUCGAACCAAGUUCUGUCUGCGAACGCAAGAUUCGUUGCAUGCCCUGUAUUCGGAGCGCCCGAUCGCGCCGACAAUGGGCAACUAGUUGGCGCUGUAGCAGGUCCACUCUUGGACGUGGCAUGCGUCAAGCCAUGGUUCGAGGAUGUGAUGGGCCGAGCAAUAAUUGAUCUAGCCGAUCGGCCACCUCAAGCUGCCACAACACUCAAGGUAAUCGGAAAUUCGCUCAUCUUUAAUAUGGUCGAGGCUGUGGCGGAGGGGCAUGUUCUGGCUGAAAAGAGUGGCCUAGGGUGUGCCGCACUGCACGAGUAUCUCCAGCUCUUCUUCCCAGGUAUUUAUACUUCCUAUUCACGUCGCAUUAUGACGGGAGACUAUUGGAAUCGAAAUGAGGUUAGUCAGAAUUCUUACUUUGAUGACCUCAGAUCAUUAAAAUGCUGA